CUGGUUGCCAUUAUUCAGUCAAGAGCGAGUAGUCCAGCGGAUCUGGACACGAGCCAGCCGGAAUAUAUAAAGUCGCGAAUAGAAAAAUAUAUAAAAACCAGCGGCAUGUCAAUUUUCUCAAAAAUGAUGCUAUUUCGCGGUGUGGGAAGACGUCAAUAUAGCGCUGCGGCUCAGACUCAGUUGAGGGAGAUCUUGGGCACCCAGCUAGUCGGGAUUAAGGAAGCGGGCACCUUCAAGGCAGAACGAAUCAUCACAUCUUCGCAGAGCACCCAGAUAACAGUUCAGGGCAGCGACAAGAAGAUACUCAACUUUUGCGCCAACAACUAUCUUGGACUAGCGAACAAUCCGGAGAUCGUGGAGCACAGCCAGAAGCUGCUGGAGCAGUAUGGCGCCGGUCUGAGCUCAGUGCGCUUCAUUUGCGGCACACAGGAUAUACAUAAGCAACUGGAGCAGAAGAUAGCCCAGUUUCAUGGACGCGAGGAUACCAUUCUGUAUGCCUCCUGCUUCGACGCCAAUGCCGGGAUCUUCGAGGCCAUUCUCACGCCGGAGGAUGCGGUGUUCUCCGAUGAACUGAACCACGCCUCGAUCAUCGACGGCAUCCGUCUGUGCAAGGCCAAGAAGCAGCGCUAUAAGCACCGGGACUUGAAGGACUUGGAGGAGCAGCUCAAGGCGAGCGAUGCUCGGCUCAAGCUUAUCGCCACCGAUGGUGUGUUUUCCAUGGAUGGAAACAUUGCACCUCUGGCCCGAAUCGUUGAGCUGGCCAAGAAGUACAGUGCGCUUGUCUUUGUGGAUGAAUGCCAUGCCACGGGCUUCUUUGGUGCCACGGGUCGCGGAACCGAAGAGUAUGAUAAUGUCAUGGGUGAGGUGGACAUCAUCAACUCCACGCUGGGUAAGGCUUUGGGUGGAGCUUCCGGCGGAUACACCACUGGUCCCACCGAGCUAAUCUCGUUCCUGCGCCAGAAAUCCAGGCCGUAUCUCUUCUCCAACACCUUGCCGCCCGCAGUUGUGGCGGUAGGCCUCAAGGUCAUGGAUAUGCUCCUGCAAUCCAGCGAACUUACCCAGCGAGUCCAGAGCAACACGCAGCGUUUCCGGAAGGCCAUGACCAAGGCGGGAUUCACCAUAGCCGGCGAGAACCAUCCCAUCUGCCCCGUGAUGCUGGCCGAUGCUCGCCUCGCCUCCAAAUUCGCCGAUGAGAUGCUGACCCGUGGCAUCUAUGUCAUCGGCUUUAGCUACCCAGUGGUUCCUCAAGGAAAGGCCCGCAUCCGCGUUCAAAUCUCCGCUGCCCACACUGAAGCUGAAAUCGAUCGGGCCAUUGAUGCAUUUAUUGAAGUCGGUCGCUCUUUGAAAGUAAUCCAGUAAAAAUAUUAAACUGGGUCCAGUAUUGAAUAUUGCAUUUAUAACUAUUAAUGAACACGGCACUUGCCUAAGAAAUACUGAGAUAUUUUCAUCGACAAAUAUUGUCAACGAGUAAAAAAGCCGAAUCCUGCAUUUACGUUAAACAAGUUGCAUUUACCUUUAAAAUAAAAUACUUGUUCUAUUUGGAUUAUUAAAA